AUGCACCUUACUGCUAGUCUGGCGCUCGCCGCCAUCGUUUCUUUGGCAUCUGCUGACCACGAUUGUUCGGACUCUGCCCCUCCAACAUACCCAGAAGCGACUGACUACAACACCGCCUUCAUCCCCUUUGCCAACCCUCCAUUCCCUUCUAUCAAGUCCACACCAUCUUUCAGCAUCUCCAUCACCACAGAAUGGAAUGUCAACAAGAAGCCGAAGUACAUCCGAUCCGCCGGAAUGGACACCGGUUCGACAGGUGUGAUGAUAGGCGGUGGCCUACUUGGCUUUUCAGACGCCACUCCACUGGACAAGUCUCGCCCGGGUAAUGAGUACCUGUCUUCCAGCGGUCGACUAUGGUCUGGCUACUGGAUUGACGCCGACGUCACAUUCUACAUGAAAGAGAAGGACGAUAAGGGCAAACGCAAAAGGGUCGUUUCCCACAUUCCAAUCUUGGCUGUCCAGGAGUCGUGCAUCUGCUUCUACUUCAAAGAACAUGGCAACUGCCCUGACGACCAAAAGCAAAACAUCACCAUGUGGCCAAGUGAUAUUCACUAUAUUGGUGUCGGCUUUGGAAGAGGCAGCGACGAGCAACCGCAGGCAUUGCCUAACAAGGUUGCUUUUGUAAAUGUCGGCCACAUCAAGGGCGAAGAAGUCGAAGACAUCCACCAGGGCUAUAUCCUUAGCCAGACAGGUGUUCAGGUCGGUCUCACACAGGACAAGGUUGCCGACUUCAAGAAGACCAAGUUGAGCGUCAGGACCGGCUCGACAGCGCCAGAUUGGGCGAUGGCUGACAUGAGCAUCCGCAUCAACGACUCUCCCUACAACCACGGCAAGGCGUUGUUCGAUACCGGCAUCCCCCAAUCCUACGUCGCCGUAUAUGACGAUAUCCAGUCUCAUGUGAAAACUGAGGCUUCUCAGUCACUCAAGAACGGACCUCAGGUUUUGGUGCCCGGAAGUGUUGUGGAAGUCCUUAUUCCUGAUGAAAAGAACCCUAUCGCCAACUACACGGUUACUGUCACUAGUAACCCCCAGGGCAUGGAACCUCCGGGAUACGUCAUGGAGAAACCACCUGCGCCUACCUCAACCACCGGACCUUUUAUCAACACUGGCAGGAUGUUCUACGAAGGCUUUGAUGCGAUGUUGGACUCUGACUGUGGAUGGUUUGGUUUGCGGCAACAUUGA